AACUUAGAGGAGCUUACUGGCCUCAGUGGGUUCUUGAUUUAUAUCAGGCUAAAGCAGAGAGGAGGGCAAAGUUUUACUCACUGAGCACCAAGGAGUGAAUUACAAGUCUGAGAGGACAGUAGCCUGUGUGAUACGGCGGGAUCUGGUUUUCAAAAUGGAAUUGCAGCUGGCACUCCUUUUGGCAGGGAUAAUUGCGUUUUCGGACUCAGCGCGAGGCCCCCCCAGGAUCGCUGACAAGGUGAUUCACCGCCAGUCCGUGAGGCUGGGCAGGACCAUCAAGCUGCUGUGCCCGGUGGAGGGCGACCCGCCGCCCCUCACCAUGUGGAUGAAGGACGGGCGGACCAUCCACAGCGGCUGGACGAGGUUCCGCAUCCUCCAGCAGGGCCUCAAGAUCAAGGAGGUGGAGAGCGAGGACGCGGGCACCUACAUCUGCAAGGCCACCAACGGCUUCGGCAGCGCCAACGUCAACUACACCCUCAUCGUCAUCGAUGAUGCCAGCUCAGGAAAGGACAGCCAGCUGCCCGAAGGCUCCAAUGGAGAAUAUGAAGACCAUUCUGGGAAGCAGUGGGCCCGGCCCAGGUUCACGCAGCCCGCCAAGAUGAGGCGCAGGGUGAUCGCCCGCCCCGUCGGCAGCUCCAUCCGCCUCAAGUGCGUGGCCAGCGGCAACCCCAGGCCCGACAUCACCUGGCUGAAGGACAACAAGCCCCUCACUGCCCAGGAGAUUGGGGAGAACAAGAAGAAGAAGUGGACGUUGAACCUGAAGAACCUGAAGCCGGAGGACAGCGGGAAGUACACCUGCAGGGUGUUCAACAAAGUCGGGGAAAUCAACGCGACGUACAAAGUCGAAGUGAUCCAGAGGACGAGGUCCAAGCCCAUCCUGACGGGGACCCACCCCGUGAACACCACGGUGGACUACGGCGGCACCACGUCCUUCCAGUGCAAGGUGCGCAGCGACGUCAAGCCCGUCAUCCAGUGGCUGAAGCGGGUGGAGUACGGCACGGAGAGCAAGUACAACUCCACCAUCGACGUCGGGGGGCAGAAAUUCGUCGUGCUGCCCACGGGCGAGGUCUGGUCCCGCCCCGACGGCUCCUACCUGAACAAACUGAUGAUCACUCGGGCCAAGGAGGAGGAUGCAGGGAUGUACAUCUGCCUCGGGGCAAACACCAUGGGCUACAGCUUCCGCAGUGCUUUUCUCACUGUCCUGCCUGAUCCCAAGCCUCCCGGCGCGCCCGUGCCGCCCUCCUCAGCCAGCAGCCUGCCCUGGCCCGUCAUCAUCGGCAUCCCGGCCGGGGCCGUGUUCAUCCUGGGCACCGUGCUGCUGUGGCUGUGCCAGUCCAAGAAGAAGCCGUGCUCCCCGCCGGGCACGGCCGCCCCCGCGCACCGCCCCGCGCCCCGCGAGCGCGCCGGCCUGCCCCAGCUCCCCGACAAGGACUGCCUCUCCUCCAUCACCUACGACGAGUACGUGGCCCAGCAGCAGCACCUGCUGUCCCAGGCGCCCGGCCUGGCCCCGGCCGUGGCCCCCAAAAUGUACCCGAAGAUGUACACGGACAUCCACACCCACACGCACUCGCACGUGGAGGGCAAGGUGCACCAGCACCAGCACAUCCAGUACCAGUGCUGAGGGCUGGCCCCGCGGCCCCUCUGGGCUUUUCUCCCUCGUGGUACCUCAGCAGAGACUGCUCCAAGCCAGCUCAGCACUGCCAGCAACAGGCAAAGCAGACAGAAAGGGUUAUAUAUGUAAUUUUAAAUAUAUAUAUAUAUAUACAUAUAUAUAUAUAAUUGUAUAUGCGUGUGUGUAUGUGUGUAUAUAUAUAUGUGUAUAUAUCUAUAUCUAUCUAUAUAAAUAUAUAUAUAAUAGAGAAAGACACAGAGAGAAAAGAGAUUUUUUUUUUUUAAUUAUUGCAAUCAGGAUGUAGCCGAGGAAUAAUGAAGGAACUCCAAUUCACAGCAGAGAAGCAGCCGUCUCCAGCAGCAGAGACUUCCUGGAUAUUUUAAUCAGAGUGGCAACAAGUGAGAUGGGACACAGGGAUGUGAACCAAUACACCUGGUGUUACUGAAGGGAGCAGGUAGAGCCAGAGGUGUGUGUGGCAUUUCCUGGCUGGGCCUGGAUUCCUUCCUGGGCAUUGUUUUGGUGGGAGCCCCCAGACCUCUCCUGCCCUGAGUGACUCAAGCUCUGACACACCUGAGGCUCAGUGCCAAAGCACCGGGAGACACAACCCAUUCAUCUCUUCCAGGGAAGGGAAAUAAUACAAGAGGGACUGAAAAACCAAUUUCUGUUCACAAGGUGAAAUGCUACGUGCUUCUCAGUCGUGGUCAGCACAAUCAGCUAAGCAAGCUGGUUGGAUCAGUUUCUGCAAGGUGAAGGCAUCUUGUUUGCCAUGGGAUGUUCUGCAGACCAGCUCCGCUCCUCUGGUCCUAGAACUCAGUGCCACUGCCAGGCAAAAAGGAAAGAAGGAAAAAGGAACAUUGUACAGAACACCUUUAUAUUUAUAUUUAAGAAAUAAUAAUAAUUAAUAAUAAUAAUUGAACUGCUGAUGGUGAAGAAGGCAAAACACACUGUCCUUCUCUGAUGGCUUAGAGUGACAAGCUACUGGAUUUUCUGCGUCGAUGCAAAAUACGUGAGAGCAUUAGAAAAAAUAGUAAGAAGCAAAGAGAGUGAAAUAAUCUUGUAGGAAAAAAUUGCAUUUGAGAAAUAUCCACCUAGGUUGUGUGUGGUUGUCCCCUCCCCUCAGAUGUCACUUCGUAAGUGAUAAAGCAUUGCAGUUCAAACAACAGGAAAAACAGAAAGAAGAGAAAAUAAAUAAGGACCAUAUUAAAUACCUAUAUGGACUGGGAAUUAAUCCAAUUGCAAAAUAUAAAACCUUUCUAAUUCUAUAUAGAGUUUAAACAGAAGUCAUGUAUAUUUAAUUUAUUUUGUUAAACAAGAAAAAAAAAUGUAUUAUAUUUUCCUCGAAACAGGCAUUUCUAUAUGUAUUUUUGAUCAAAGAAAAUAAAGAUUUUUUUUUUCAGGUUCUGUAGAUGCCAUGCUCAGAACACCCUUGAUGUAGCUUGUGAACAACUGUGCUUCUCCUAACCCGGAGGCCACCUGUCUCUGUGCCUUUUCACACCAGCCAGGUGCCAUCUCCUGUCCCCUCAGGUGCUGCUGGGGGCUCUGCAGUGCCCAGAUCACUCCUCAGCCAUCUUCAGCAGCAGAGUUCUUCUCUCACAGGGAAAUCUGUUUCGCUGUGCGUUUCUGGGGGUGUGGGGAGGAUGAUUAAUUUGUUUUUUAAGCCCAGGCCUGCAGUGGUUUGUUGGUUUGGGUUUUUUUAAAGAAAAUUUUGUAAAUCAAAGCAUAAUAAUUUGUGAGGCUGUAAAAGGAACUUUGGCCUCAAGGUGCUUGGAAGGGGAAACCAUGAAAUGUGGGUGAAACACCUGAUUUGUAGCUGCAGCUGCUUUAGGAGCCAGUGGAGGGUGAGCUGCUCCCUUCAGUGGGGCUUGAACCUUCCCUGUGUGCACCCCACACAGAGGCACCCAGCUCUUCAGGGGCCAGCAUUGUCUCUGGAGAAGGCAGGUUCAGCAAUGAUGGAACUGUUUAUUUUCUAUUCAUUUAGGGUUUGAUAGUUAAAAAAAAAAAAAAAAAAAGAAGAAAAUUUGAAACAUGCUAAUUUUCAAGUUUGGAAUCACUUCCUUCUCAAGCCUGUUCCAUGAAAGGGAUCCCCACCAAACCAGCUGCUCCAUUUAAAAGUGAAACACUUUAUUUAAUCUGAAACAAAGCUGUGCUUUAGGCUUUGCUUUUCUCUGAAAAUUUGUGGAGGUGUUUGCUCUGUGUUGACCUGCAGUGAUUUUUUUCUGGUGGUUUGUUUGAAUCACCAGCAAACCAAACAGUUCCCUGUUUGCUCAGCCGUGCUGCUGAGAUGGGGCCCCGAUUCAGUGAAACACUGAAUCAGCUCCUGCUUUCUUCACCAAUGCAUUCUGCUCCAAAAAGUCCUUUUCUUGCCUUAGGAGGAGGUUAUCCAUGUAAUAACCCCUAAAGGAAGGCCGUCCCUCUCUUGUAGUGGUUGUAAUAAAGCAACCUAUUGAUAACUAGUAUUUUUCAGCAGGAGGGUUCAAACAGAUUUAUGAAAUUGCUAAAUUUCAGAUUAAGGAUAUCUUUAUAUGCAUCCUCUCAGCUUCAGGGAGAACUGAGAGGAGCUUAAGUGUGAGCACUGACAUGAGGCAUGGAUAUAAGGCAUGGUUUGGGCAGGAGCUCUUAAUGGCUGAAGUAUACCGACUCAUUUAAUUUUAAAAAAUAAAUAAAAAAGCCUCUACACACUAAGGGCAUUGCCUUUAUUUCAAGGAGACACUAAGUGUGUGUUUCCCUGAGAGAUGCUAAAGUCCACAUCUCAUAUCUCGUGGCUGUGGGAAGCUGCGUACUGCACCGUGGUGUGUCCCAAACUCCUGCACGUUCCAGCAGCAUGGGGCAUGGCAAAGGGCAGGGUUCCCCUGUAAUCCCAUGGCCGUUCUCUGCUCUCUGGGCCAGUGCUGUGGCAAGGAGACACUUCUGGCCAUGCCCUGUGGGCAGCACCAGCACCACCCCCAGAGCUGGGCACUGGCUUUGUGGGUUCAGCCCUAACAAACCCCAAGAGAUUUCCUAAUGGCACCAGCUCCAGUGGCAGCUCCGAGCCUCAGAGAGGGGUUGGUGGGCUAAGAGAAGCACUCCUGCAUUUCCCAAGCAGCACAGAACUCCAGGCUGCUGUAGCACUCUCCUCCUGCCCUUUGUGACCCAGCUCCAUAGUGCUGCAUCACGCAGGCAAAAACCACAUUUUGUCAGAUGGCUCCAGUGGAAGGAGUGGCUUCCCCCUGCCCGGCAGAGAUAAAUCUCUAGUGCUGCUGACAGAGCUCUCCAGAGGCAAACGUUGCAUGAAACCACCCUGUGUGGGCAGUGCAUCAGCCCAGGGCAGCUGCAGCUCUGGGCUGUGGCACUGGGAAUGCUGCUCUGCCUUUGGGUGCACCGUGAGAGAUGCCAUAAAGGUCUUGAUUUGCAGAAAGCCUGGGGAUUUCAUCCUGCCUUGGCUGUCUGCUCCAUCCUGACCACCAGCAAUGGUGUGGGAUUUCCCCCCAGGGAAAUACCCUCACAUGCCCUGUUUAGGAGGGGCUGUGGUUGUUGUCUGGGCCUUGCACUGGCUUGCUGUGCCUGGGUGGAUUUCACAUUUUUGAGGAGUUAUUUUUCCUUCACAAGGUACCUCUAAGACCCUUUCUGAGUCACUCUGUCCCAAGCCCUACUGCAUGCCAUUGAAUUUUAGGGCUUGAUUGUGCCUUGCAUAUGUUGCAAAGUCUUCCAUAGUUUAAAUAAAUUCAACCAGGUCACACUUGUGUAUGAAUAUGUUUUUUAUUCAGUGGGAAAAGAUUUGGGUGCAUCUUCAUUCCUAAAUAGAGGGUGUUCAAAGAAAACCAUUGUCUUGUUUCUGGUAACUGACCCUAUGUUGAACACAGAAGAUUUUUCAUUUUAUGUAUUUGUAUGCAUAAAGGCAUAUAGAUGUACAUGCCAAGUUGUGAUACAGAAGGCAAUUGUACUUUUAAAACCAUGGAGCUUCAAAGAUCAAAGGAAUUUUAGGCUUAAAACUCACUAUCUUUGUUAAUUUUAUUUGCAUUACAGAUCAAACAUGGCUUUACCUACCAGUUUGUGCAUUUUUUAACUUUGUAUGGACAAUCUUUCUGUGGUCAGCCCCUUUCAAACUGAAAACUUAUCAGACAUUGAAGAUAAAAAGUGUUCUGUGGUUUUCAUUUGGUGACAAAUACAAUAACUGAACACAUCAAAGGAGACAGAAUGGCACCGUGUGUCUGUGGCUUUGUAAUAAAAGUUGCAGAAAAAAAGGAAUAAAAGCCUGUAGUUGUGUUAA